AUGUCGACAUUCGAUGAUUUACCAAACGAAAUCAUAAUAUGUCUCUUCGAAUAUUUAAAAGUAGAGGAUAAAUUUCAUUCAUUUUUUGACUGCAACCAGCGUCUAAGACAAUUGGUUAAACGUUAUAGUAUUUACAGUCGUCAUGGACUUACCGGUGAUAUUAAAAGAUUUUCAACAUUACAUAGUUGGUACAAACAUUUGAACUACGUUGAUGAUGGUAAUAUAUUUUAUAUGAUACCGAUGGCAGGUGAACAAGCGCGAUAUGGAUUUGGUCCAUGUAUUUCUGAUUACAGGGGUAUUCAUUGGCAUUUUUUUACCAACAAUCCUGAGAUAAUAGCUGACCCAAGAAUAGGAGAAAUAGUUUCAAAAUAUCCGGUUAAACUGAAUCCUUGCUUUUAUCCGGAGUCGUCUAAUCUAUGUAGAAACACAUCUGGAUUCAAAGAUUUUACUUAUCGGCAUUAUCCAGCUCAGUUUGGUAUACUAUCAAAGGAAUAUUUUAGUGAAUUUGACAGUCAAUCUAUGGGCAGGCUUUAUUCUAGGAAGGAUACAAUCAUGGCUCAAUUAGAAUUCAUUUCAACAAACGAGCAAAAACGUUUGAAAACUACAAUAAUCAAAUCAGCCGAUUGUAUAUGGAAAGACUUACAAAACCUCGAAGAUGUGAAUAUACUUACGAUAAAAUAUCAUGAAUAA